UCCCUGCUAAAUAAAGAUACCGAGUUCCCCAUUCAAAAUUUGUGGCAAAUUGGUCAAGAUGUUCUUUAUUUAUGAUACAAACAAGCAAAUUUUAUUACUUUUAUUAUUAGAAGAUUGCAGAUUAAAAUGAAGGAAGAGAAAGAUGAGAAGAAUGAGAAGAAUGAGAAGAAUGAGAAGGAUGAAACCUUCAGUUUAAUAUUUCUCCACGGAGUUGGUGGAACAGGAGAGGGAUGGGUCGAUCUGUUACAAAGAAUAAGUCCUGAGAAAACUAAGCUUAUCUACCCUACAGCCCCUGUAGGAGCAGUAACUAUUUAUGGAGAUCAGUAUAUGCCUUCAUGGUUUAACAUGAUCGAUUCGAAGACGAUAAAUGUUUUUGAACUAAAAGAAUCAGCAAUUUUUGUGCACAGUAUAGUUGAAAAGGAAAUCAAGAAAGGAAGACGACCUGAAAACAUCAUCAUCGGUGGAUUUUCUCAAGGUGCCGCGUUAAGUUUGUAUUCUGUGCUCACAUGUCGAAGACGACUUGGCGGACUUUUUGUUCUUUCAGGUUGGCACCCCGCACCUUGGGAGUUUGCAGAGUCGUGUGCCCCCUCUCCCAGCCACGCCCUUCCAAACUGCCACACCCCCACACUCAUCUGCCACGGGAAUAAUGACACAAAGGUACCUCUAGAGUGGGGAAGGAAUUGUGAAAAAAGUUUGCUCAGUUUUAUGACUCAGUUGGAGUUCAAGGAGAUUGAUGGUCUAGGACAUGAGGUGGAUGACUCCAUAGAACAUGAGAUUUCUCUUUUCCUCGCUAAAAUAGCAAAACAAAAUCUAGCAUAAACUUCUCAAAAUUUCGGAGAGGAAUUGAGUUUUUGCCACAAUCGCUGAUUUUUUAGUCCCUAUUUCUUUGCAAUUUAAUGCCCUAGAUCUUUGAUA